AUGACCACGAGCAACUCUCCGGAGGCUGUGGCCGACCCGGCCAACGGCUCCGCCGUGGCCCCUUAUGGGACUCGAUCCAGAGGCCGCAACGCUCCUCGGCCGAAUUACGCUGAGGACCGUGACAUCGAAAUGGAUAUUGAUGUCGCGCCCGCGGCCAAGCAGGCAGGCAACAAGCGCAAUAGUGGCGUCGGCCUGACUAGUAACAUCGUCAAUGGCUCCAAAUCCGACAGCGAAAAGUCCUCGCCAGUGCAACCACGGAAGACCGUGACUAACGGCACUGCUAACUCCACGCCCAAAGAAUCUAUCCCCGGUACUUCGUCUUUCUCGGCGCGUCCCGAGGACGUAAACGGAACGAGCUCGGCACGGAAGCGCAAGCAACCUGCGAGCAGUACCCCGACUUCCAGUUCCACCACCGGCGGUAAUCCCGCCAAAAGGGUCUUCACGGCUGCGCCGGGGGAUUCCGACGGCGGUUAUUUCACUAAUAUGAUGAGUUUCGAGGCCUCGGGCCCACACCUGAAAGACGGUCAAAUCAAAGCAGACGAUGGCACCACACUUGCCGUGAAUGAUCAUGUGUAUCUGAUUUGUGAACCUCCCGGCGAGCCAUACUAUCUGGCUCGAAUUAUGGAGUUUCUACCAUCUAAAGACAAAGAGUCGGGUGUGAUUGAAGCGUUGCGGGUAAACUGGUACUACCGUCCUCGCGACAUUCAGCGACACAGUGCCGACACCCGACUUGUGUAUGCGUCGAUGCAUUCUGAUACAUGUCCCCUCUCAUCAUUACGUGGGAAGUGUCAGAUUCGUCACAUGUCCGAGAUUGACGACCUAACCGCGUACAAAAAGACGCGAGAUGCUUUCUGGUACGACAAGAUGUUCGAUCGUUACAUUCACCGCAUGUACGAUGUGAUUCCGACGAAUGAUGUGGUUAAUGUGCCGCCCAAUGUGAAGCGCGUCUUGGAUGAUCGAUGGAAGUUUAUCCUGGUGGAAAUGGGCAAAGGCAAGGAAUUGACUGGCGCCGUGAAGACCUGCAAACGAUGCCAUCUGUUCGCCGCAAAUGCCGAAUCUGUGGAUUGCGCAGUUUGCCACUCGACGUACCACAUGUCUUGUGUCCGACCUGCCCUCACCAAGAAGCCCGCCCGCGGAUUUGCCUGGGCCUGUGCACCCUGUAGUCGUGCUCAGGAGCGCAAGCUGGAAGCACGCAAUACGCCGAUUAUUGGCGCGGCCAAGGGUGAAGGCGAGGACGAGGUCAUGGAGGAGGAAGAGGAAGAGCACCACACGAGUGGUGUUGCAAACGGAACCUCAGUUAGUACUCCAGCUGCUGAGGACUCCAUGCCUCAGCCAGAAACCGCAGAGCAGAUGGCACAGGCCAGGAUGUGGCCGUACCGCUACCUGGGCAUGCAUUGCCGCGUGGAGGAUGCUCUCGACUACGAUGAUCGGAUUUACCCUCGUGCCAGUUCUCGACUUGGACCGCGACACCAAGCGAUCGUCAAUCCCUGGCCUGGACGCCCAGUUGAAUACGUGAAGCCGCUGGAGCUCAAGAAGAAAUACUCAAGACAGUCGGGCGGUGCCAAGAUGGCUCCUAAGGCUGCAAUGGAGGCCAUGAAACAAGAAAAGGCCACGCGACCUAAAUGGGUGCAGGAUUCACCGCCAGGCUAUAUUCAACGUGGAGAGGACGAACCUGUCACCAUCACAAACACAAAGCAGGCACGCACUGCUGAAAUCAUGUUCAAGAUGCCGACUGCCGAGCAACUCCCCGCUCGAGGUGAAGACGACGCUCCCGGCUCUGAUCUAAGCCCCGCAGACAGGGAGGCUUUUAUUGACGAUUACAUGCGACGCGCCAAGGAUUUGGCACCGGAUGUCGGAGUUGAGAAGUACUCCACCAACUUCUUGGACAAGGCGCUUGAGCUGCUAUAUUCCGAAGGCUUCAAUACCGACGCCGCUCUCGCCAAGUUGAAGAAAGUUCACAAACACAAGGAUCUGAAGGAGCCCAACCUUAAACCAGAGGAGCUCAAAUUGUUCGAACAAGGCGUGGCCAAGUUUGGAUCAGAAUGGCGCAAUAUCACCAAGCAUGUCAAGACGGUUCCACACUACCAGAUUGUGCGAUUCUACUACAUGUGGAAGAAGACUCCCAGUGGCCGAAAAAUCUGGGGCAGUUACGAAGGUCGACGAGGCAAGAAGGAGGUCCGCCGGCAGAGUGUUGCGACCUCCAAGCUACUCGACGAUGUCGCCGAUGAUCACGACGAUUCUGCCUUUGACAAUGACAAGGCGGUUACUCUGAAACGUGGAUUCCAAUGCAAGUUCUGUUUAACUCGCAGCUCUCGACAGUGGCGACGUGCUCCUUUGGUCCCACCGGGCACCACUGUACCUUCAGACCCUUCGGCAAAGAAAGACAAGGGGCCUUUGCUCACUGUUUGCCUCUGCCUUCGUUGUGCCUUACUGUGGCGGAAAUACGCUAUUCAGUACGAGGAUAUCGAUGAGGUUGGCAAGAGAAUUGCAGCCAGUGGCAACAAGUCUUGGAGGCGGCGCAUUGACGAGGAGUUACUAGCUCAGAUGAUUGUGGCCACCGAAACACCCUUUACUAUCAACAGCCUCACAGCCACCACAGCAACCUCGAUUGGAAUUCCAGUCGACAUCAACCCUCACUUGCAGCAGGAAAGCAAGGACAAGAAGAAGCCGCGCACAGAAGUUCCGAGCACAACAACUUCCACCGCGACCUCAGUUGAGCCCAUGCCUAAGAAGAAGGAGAAGGCCGUGGUCGUCGACAAGAUCGCUGCUGAUGCUGGACCACCCGUCAUUCCUGAUCCACCUAGGGCGAAGACACUUCCAUGUGCGAUUUGCGACAAGGUUGAGCCAUCUGGUGACGAGCAUCUCUCUUGCCGAGACUGUCGACUAACCGUUCAUCGCAACUGUUACGGAGUCCCCUCAUACCGGGCUGGUAGCAAAUGGCUCUGCGAUAUGUGCUCUAACGACCGCAGCCCGUCGAUUUCUACCACAUAUGAAUGCGUUCUUUGCCCGGUAACAUACACUGAGCACGAUCUAAUGGAAACCACAAAGAACACGAGCCGGAAAAAGUCCGAUCGUGACAAGGAGAAGGAGCGAUUGGAGAAAGAGAUGGUCACCGAAGCGAUCAAGCUCUAUCGCCAACGCCAAGAAGCUGUCGGCAAGCCUGUCGGUCCUCGGGAGCCUCUGAAGCGCACCGCCGGGAACAACUGGGCUCACGUCAUGUGUUCCAUUUGGACGCCUGAGAUCAAAUUCGGAGAUGCGACGGAGUUGGAGCCCGCCGAAGGCUUUGGUUCCAUCCCCAAGGAUCGAUGGCGCGAGGAGUGCAGUAUUUGCAAAUCCUCCAAGGGUGCCUGCGUGCCCUGCCAUUUCACAGGUUGCAAUACUCGCUUCCAUGUUGGUUGUGCCUUCCAAGCCGGGCACCGCUUGGGAUUCGAUGUGACUCCUGUCAAAAGUACUCGCAAAGACAACGUGCAGACCAUUCGUCUGGGAACGGAGCUUGGUGUUGCCACGCCUGUUAUCUAUUGCCCCAGCCACAGCGUGUCAGCUACCGUUCAUGAUGUUGGUGAAUCUGUAGGCCCAGAUGGUCUCAAUGCGCUCCAGCUGUUCGCUCGGACAUACAAGCAGGCUGAUCUCACCCUGACCGGAACUUCUCGAAAGGCGGCGUACGUGCAGCAAUCCGUCGCAGCUCCCGUCCAUCACGGCAACGGUGCGGCUCACCGACGCACUUCGACAAGCACUGGCAUAGUGGCUGUUACCAAAGACACCCACAAGCCUCAGCCUGCUCCCGAGGAUGGUGCAGAUGAGAUGGACAUUGACACGGAGGAACACGCACCUGCGCCCAAGCCGGUGACCGGCGGUGUAUCGAUCAACCGAAAGUGUGUACGAUGCGCGACCGAUUACAGUCCCAGAUGGUGGCCCAGCCAACGACGUAGCGACCCUCGAACUGCCUUUGCGCCUAACGGGGUCGGCAUCAAUUCUAACAGCUCGUCCUUCCCCCCUCGGCGUCCGUCAUUCGCGCACUCCAACGGGGACAACCUUGGGGAGCUCACCUAUGAAUGCCACAAGUGCCACUUGAAGCACCCACCCGUGCCCGAGCCUGCCCCCGAGCCCAGACCCUCGCCUUAUUCGGCUCCGCGCCCGACUAUGUUCCCAACUCCACGCAUGGCUCCUGGUCACAACGGCCACGGUCCGAGCAAUGGUCACGGACCUAGUCUCGGCCAUACUUUCGUGCCGCAUACGCAUUCACACCCUCCUCCAACGGGCGUGCUGGGACGGCCACUACCUCCUGCUCAUUCACACAAUCCUCUUCCAGGCUACCCUGGGUAUGACCAGCGAGCUGGUCGCAGCCCCGACGUGCGCAAUGGCAUGUCACCCUCUCCGUAUGCUGGGGGGCCGCCGCCUCCUCCCCAUCAUUUAGGUGGCUACCCUUCCGCUCAUCCACAAGGGCAUGCUCCGUCACCGUUCGGCACUGGACCUCCUCCGCCGCCCCCGGCGCAGGCGUACCCGGCUCACCAGAGUCCUUAUGCUCCCAUGCCGGCUCGAUCGCCACAUCUCUCUCAGCCUCCGCGUGCGUACCCUGCAUCUGCAUCUCCGCCGAUCGUGCAGGCGACCGUCAAUCGGUCUCCACAGACCGCUCUCAGUGCGCUGAAUGGAGGCCCACCUCCGCGCAUGUACUCAGGUGAGCGUGAUAUGGGGGCUCCUUCCCACUCACCCCCAUCCGCUCAAGCACGUCUCGAUCCGCGUGGGCCUACUCCCCCGACUCGAGUAGAGUCGUCGCAAUCCUUGGCCAGCAUCCUGGGCGGAACCCCCAAUGCCCGACGGCACUCGGGGAUAAAUGGCACGAGCGGCGGGUCUGGGGCGAGUGCGAGCCCCUCGCUCAAAAACCUCCUCUCGUGA